UUGCAAUCUCCCAUUCUCCCUACUUGUUUAUCAUGACCAUCACUCCCAAUCACUCUUCAAUUUCUUCCAACUCCCAUUCACAUAUUCCUAUAAAUUUAAAUUAAUCACUUGUUAUAUUUUCAUAUUGCACAAUAGAAGACCUUUGAUUUAAUAGUUUUGGUUUAAUUUCAUGCUUUGAUAUGGUGGCACUUCAAUGGCUCAGCUUAGUGGCUGCAAUAUGGCUUCAAUCGGUGAACGGAACCAACUUGAACUUCCCGGCAUAUUCCUCCCGCAUCAAACAGCUACUCUCCUUAUCCCAAGUCCAGCUCAACAAUCUCGCCUUCGCCAACGACGCCGGGAAGCUCUUCGGCUGGUUUUCCGGCGUCGCGGCGGCGUAUCUCCCGCUCUGGCUCGUCCUCCUCAUCGGCUCGACGCUCGGCUUCAUCGGCUACGGCGUUCAGUACCUUUUCGUCAUCAACCAAAUCCCGUCUCUGUCUUUCUGGCAAGUCUUCCUCCUCACCGCCGUCGCCGGGAACAGUAUUUGCUGGAUCAACACCGUCUGUUACAUCGUCGCCAUCCGGAACUUCCCGUUGGACCGCCAGGUGGUCAUCGGAAUAUCCACGAGCUACGUCGGGUUAAGCGCCAAGAUUUUCACGGAUAUAGUUGAUAUCGUGGGGAAUUCUUCUUCUUCCUCUUCUUCUCCGAACGAAAGAGCAAAAUUCUAUCUUCUCCUGAACUCUGUUCUGCCAUUGAUAGUCGCCGCCGUAGCGUCCCCUUUCGCCAGAGGAAUCGAGAUCGGAAAAUCAAGAAACCUCGCCGGCGGGUUCAGCGCAAUGUUUGUCAUAACGACCGCCACCGGGAUUUACGCGGUGGUGACGAGCUUGGGUUCGGGUUUGAUUUCACGAAUCUUGAGCCUCGCCGGCAUGGCGGUGUGGCUGGUGUUUCCCCUGUUCGUUCCGGUGACAGAGGAGCUUAAGGAAACGUGGCAGAGGAAGUGUCUGCUAAGGCCUAGGCGGGAUGUGAGAGUUCAUAAUACGAGCAAUAACAGUAAUCCGACCGAGCAAGAACUGAAGGCGGUGGCGCCGCCGGUGGCGAAGGAGGAGGGCCGGGCAGAUGAGAUAAACGUCAGGGAGGAGGUCGGAGCAACGGCGAUGGUGAAAAGGGUGGAUUUUUGGCUGUAUUUCUUCGUUUAUUUAUUCGGGGCGACUCUGGGUUUGGUGUAUCUGAACAAUUUGGGCCAAAUUGCAGAGUCCCGGGGAUGCUCGGAGACGGCGUAUUUGGUGUCGUUGUCGUCGUCGAUGAGCUUCUUCGGCCGGCUUCUUCCAUCCUUCUACGACUCUUUCUCCUCAAAGAGGGACAAGUACAAAAUUUCAAGAGCGGCUAGCAUAGGAGCAGCAAUGGCGCCGAUGUGUGGGGCUUUCUUCCUCCUCCUCCAUGGAAGUCACAUAUGUCUCUAUCUCAGUACGGCCGUUAUAGGGACGGCCACCGGCGCCAUUACUUCCCUCGCCGUCUCCACAACCACCGAAUUGUUCGGCGCCCACAACUUCGGCCUCAACCACAACAUCGUCGUCACCAACAUCCCGAUCGGCUCUUUCCUCUUCGGCGACUUCGCCGCUCUCCUCUACAACGCCCAAGGCCGCCGCCGCGGGGGCGGCGGUGCUUGCAUGGGCACGCUCUGCUUCCGCACCACCUUCCUCAUCUGGGGCUGUCUUUGCUCCUUUGGGACGUGGCUGGCUCUCCUUUUCCAUGCAAGAACUAGACACUUACAUUAAUUAUUAUACUAUCAUCAUUGAUAUGAUGAAAUUGUAUUAUUACUACACAUAGUCUAUUUUAAUUCUCCCUUAAAUUAAAAAAAAAAAUAGUUGUAAUCUUAACGUACUAUGCUAACUAGCUCACAAUGGCACUAUGCCACUAUGGUUCGAGUUAAUAAUUAAUUGGUAUAUAGCUUGAUCAAUGGCGGCUAUUGGGUUUGAAUUUCAUCUCCUAUAGCUGUAUUUCAUCUCCAAGUUAUUAUGAAUGAAGUUUGCUGGCAUAAACGACCAGUGUAUGCAGUGGCGGACCCAGAGGUUUGUGAGAGCGGGGGCACACUAGACACUAAAGUUAGUCUAUAAUAAUAACUCCAAAUGUAAUAAAAAUGGUAAAAAAAAUGUACGUAGUAUUAAAUUAUACAGAAUAGUUAAUUACAUAUUACAUAUUUCAGUGCUGC